AUGCCUUAUAAAAAGCUGCCUGUGCUGGAGGUAGACGGGAAACCGGUAGCGCAGGCUGACGCUGUGGCGCGAUACUUGGCGAGGAAGUACGAUCUAAUGGGAAGGAACGAAAGGGAUGCGUUGAUAUGCGACGUGCUCGUCGAUACUCUUGAAGAUUUGGAGCAAGCGGCCCUUGAAAAUUUCGAGUAUAUAUUUGGGGCAUCAGCUUUGGAUAAAUAUCCAGCUCUUCGAGCAUUGAAGAGAAGGAUUCAUAGAAUACCGGCUAUUUCUGAUUGGCUGAUUAGGCGCCCAUACACAAACAGCUAA